UCAUCCACGGCCCCAGCUCCACUUCACUCCCCUGGGCGCUGGGUUCGCGCAGCCGCCUUAGUGUUCACGGGCCGCCAUUUUGUGUUAGGCCCACUCUUGUAAAGCGGGAGAAAAUUAUUAGCCCGGCGCACAGCACCUACGGCAGACAACAGCGGGACUGAAGAGACCAACCGCAGGCGCUGAGCUUCCAAACGAAUAUAACGGGGUGAAGAAGCUGUCGGGAAGUGUUGUUUGGCCCGUUGCCAUGGAGGGCGAGGUUGUUUCCAUGGAGACCGCACAGAAUGCUGCCCUGGCUGCAGAUGGAAAGGUCCUGCCAGAGGGUGGAGAGGCCUUGAUACAAGGGGCAGCCAUAGCUCCACAGGGGGAAGUGGCUGGUAACAUGGAGAUGAUGGUGAUGGAUGCUCUCGAUCCCACUCUGCUGCAAAUGAAGACGGAGGUGUUGGAGGGGGGCAGCACAGUGACUGUUACUGGUGGAGACGAGGGUCAGAUCAUCACGCUCCAGGUGGUGAAUAUGGAGGAGCAGGCAGGUGCGGCAUUGGGCCUUGGUCAGCUUCAGCUGGUUCAGGUACCAGUCACAACAACAACUGUAGAGGGGCUUCAGGCCACCUAUGUUGAUUCAUCAACUGCUAACAAGGACACAGAGCCGGUUAUCUGUCACACUCUUCCCUUGCCCGAGGGCUUCCAGGUGGUAAAAGUGGGUGCCAAUGGUGAAGUGGAGACUGUAGAGCAGGAGGAGCUCCAGGCAGCCCACGAGGAGCUUCAGGGGACGAGAGGGGAAGAGGGGGAGAACGAAGAAGAGGCAGCAGAAGUAGAAGCCCCUGUGGCUCAAGAAGAAGACCCAGAAUGGUCAAAGGACCCAGACUAUCAACCCAUCACCACUGUCCGUAAAGGAAAGAAGGGAAAGAAGAGCCGUCUGCGCUAUGCAGAGGGUGAUCGUGACAUGGAUGUUUCUGUGUACGACUUUGAGGAAGAGCAGCAGGAAGGGCUGCUGUCAGAGGUGAAUGCUGAGAAGGUUGUGGGCAACAUGAAGCCACCAAAGCCCACCAAGAUCAAGAAAAAAGGUGUAAAGAAGACUUUCCAGUGUGAGCUGUGUAGCUAUACCUGUCCAAGGCGCUCCAACCUGGACCGACACAUGAAGAGCCACACAGACGAGAGACCACAUAAAUGUCACUUGUGUGGACGGGCCUUCAGAACAGUCACACUGCUGAGAAACCACCUCAAUACACACACAGGCACUCGGCCACAUAAAUGCACUGAUUGUGACAUGGCAUUUGUGACCAGUGGUGAGUUGGUGCGUCAUCGUCGCUACAAGCACACACAUGAGAAACCUUUCAAGUGCUCCAUGUGUGACUAUUCCAGUGUGGAGGUGAGCAAAUUGAAAAGGCACAUCCGCUCUCAUACCGGGGAGCGACCCUUCCAGUGUAGUCUGUGCAGCUAUGCCAGCAGAGACACUUACAAGCUGAAGAGACACAUGAGGACACAUUCAGGUGAGAAGCCGUACGAGUGCUACAUCUGUCAUGCUCGUUUCACACAGAGCGGCACCAUGAAGAUGCACAUUCUGCAGAAACACACAGAAAACGUGGCUAAGUUCCACUGCCCACACUGUGACACUGUCAUCGCACGCAAGAGUGACCUUGGCGUUCAUUUGCGGAAGCAGCACUCAUUUAUUGAGACGGGAAAGAAAUGUCGUUACUGUGAUGCCGUAUUUCAUGAGCGCUAUGCUCUCAUCCAACACCAGAAGACCCACAAGAAUGAGAAACGUUUCAAGUGUGACCAGUGUGACUACUGCUGCCGACAGGAACGCCACAUGAUAAUGCACAAGCGUACACACACAGGGGAGAAGCCAUUUGCCUGCAGCCAGUGUGAGAAAACUUUCCGGCAGAAGCAGCUCCUGGACAUGCACUUCAGGCGCUACCAUGAUCCCAACUUCACCCGCCCUGUCUUCGUCUGCAAUAAGUGUAGCAAGACAUUCACCCGCAAGAACACCAUGCUGCGUCAUGCUGAGAACUGCACAGGUGAGGGUGUUGGAGAAGAAAAUGGAUCUCCCACACCCAAAAAGGGCCGCCGUGGCAGGAAGAGGAAGAUGCAGGCCAGGACAGAUGAUGAUGACACAGAGGAUGAAAUGGACGAGGCAGAGGAGGAAGAGGAGCUGCAUACUGAGAUUGAGGUGGAACAGGCUCCACCAGUUGUCCCUAUCCCAGCCCCUGUGGAGCCACCAGUCAAGAGGAAACGUGGGCGGCCUCCAAAGAACAAACCAUACACAGCUGCUAUCAUCCAUGUUGAGGACGAGGCCACUGGAGAGGUGGAUGACAUCAUUGUGAAGAAGGAAAUUGGAGCCGAACAAGAUGACCAGGAGGAUGGCAACGACGAGGCUGCAGAGGAGGUGGUUGUCGGUGGAGUGAAGUCAACCAUUCAGAUGCAGGAGUUGUCCCAGGAAGAGGGGACAGCACAGGACGUGCAGCUGUCUGGGGCCCCACCUAACGGAGAUCUGACCCCUGAGAUGAUCCUCAGCAUGAUGGAUCGGUGAUGGAUGUGAACCUGAAAACACAUUCAGACCCUUGACCACAUCUUUAUUUUAAUUCUUGGCAUUUAGGAUUACAAACACUUGCAUCCUGCACAAAAGCAAACAUCACUGUAAUUUAAGAUUUGAUUUUUUUUUUUUUAAAUCAUGUAUUGAUAAAGACUUGGAUCAGUGAAAAAGAAUUUUAAUAAGGAUUUACCUACCAAAAAUGAAUUUAAGUACAUUUGAGUUUGAAGUGGCUGUAAUUGAAAGCAGUUUCUUUUUUCACUGUUGCCUUUCGUGCUUCGUAGCUCUGGUAUGUGGCAGAAAACUGCUAAACUAAAUAUGUUUUAACAUGAUAGAACAGCUAAAUCUAGACCGUUCAUGGAAUUUUACCAAACUUUUUUUCAACUCUUUUCUUCUUCAGCCCUUUGUUUUUAUUUUUUAUAAAACUGUUGGUGAGUUAUACACCUGUUUGUCAUUGGGAGAAAGUUGUAAGUAGAUAGUGGUGCAUCCAUAACGUGGACCUUGCUUUACUUUCUUCUAAGUAAUUCCGAUAAACUGCUCUGUAGUAAAAGUGGAGAUGCAAAUGGACUUUUGGGGGGGCAGCAUAAUGGGGAAAAAAACAAGUAAAUUUAAGCCCAAGUGGAAAGUCACUCUGAAACUUAAGGGUCAUAAGGGAUAACCUUCAGGAAGAUACUGCCAUCAAUCACAGCCACUUCAAGAUAAGGAAAUGAAAUAUUUUGAAUAUUUUUAUUUUUUGGUUUCUUUUUCUUUGGUUAGUAAAUCCUUUUUUUUUUUUUUUUAAGCAUAUUUUAGUUUUUAAAAGCUUAAUAGACUGCUUAUUUUAUGCUCCUUUCUUCCUACCGUAACAACCCUAGAUGAUGAAUAUGUACUAGACAUUGUCUCUGAUAAGUGAAAGGAAAGAAUGUUAUUUUGCUCCUUUGUGUAGCCAUUCCACUUUGGGUUGAUGUUUUCUUUUUGUACCAUUGGCAAUGCAAUGUUACGUAGCAGCUUGAAUGAAAUUUUAUUAACUGUGUGGCAGACGAGAACAGACGUAUGACUGUACAACCAAUAAAAAAAAAUUAGACAUUGA